AUGAUUUCUAUAUCCUAUUACGCAGUCAACGAUGACCUCGAAGACGGCAUCUUCAACCAUUUUUUGAAACAUUUCGUCAGGAAACCAAUCUCGGGACCACCCGACAAAGACCAGCUACCUUUGUCUAACUAUACUAGGAAAUUCAUCGUUGGCGAUGUCAUAAACUGCGAAAGAGUUACUGCUCCUGAUGCGAAAAGCGUUCGACAUUUUGGUAGGAGGUGGCAGGUGGAGAAUUCGUCGAGUCAGUUAGUUUUUUAUUACUACAACGCCUUCUUGGAUGAUAGAGCCAUAGUAGGGAAGCAUUAUUUGAUCAGAGUUCUGGCUUUGAAUUCGUUGAAAGGGGUUGUUAAAAUGUAUUGUCAUAUUUGGGUGGAGUUUUUUGAUGUUCCUAUAACGGAAAGUGCAACAGUCGAAGAUACCGUUGGCGGCGUUUACGAAUUCGAUUCAACCAAAUACCGACUUCAAACGAUAUCGUGCAAGUACAGUCGGUUGGGUGGAAUACCGAGUUUCGUAUCACUGACACUUGGGAAUUCGUGUAAAAACAGCACAAACUACAUUCAAAUCGUUCGCCUGCCAAACAAGACCAGACAUGAUUUCGGCGUUUGUUCGUUUGUACCCUAUCGAGAUAUCGAUUCUAACGAUCUAAUCGAAUGGUUCGAAUUUCACAAAAUAAUCGGUGUUACCGAUUUCACUGUGUUCAUCCCUGAUACCGAUUACAACGCCUUUUCUGAUUUCGUCACCCCUUAUUAUAACCAUCAUCAUUUCAUCUCCAUCAAAGUUCUGACGUCACCAUUUGAAAAUAUGACGUCAUUGUCACCGUCGUCCUUUCAUCAAAAUAUUACAGCGCUAUACAAAUCACUUUCUCGAAUCGAAUGUUUAAUAAGAAAUAUGUACCGGUAUAAACACAUCAUUCUUCUUGCCCCUAACGACUUCUUCGUCCCUAAAAAUUCGUACCCCUCAGUGUCAAAAAUCAUGCAAACGAUACACAGUUACUCGAGUCCAAAUUUCGUCGUCGAAACAUAUUCCCUUGUUCGACAAUAUUUUAUAGUCGAUUAUACCGAUACCGAUAAUUUUAACAGUAGCAUCACUAAUUCAAGUACUGCAGACAGAUCGAAUAUUAACUUGAAGACGAUUCAAUCGCGGUUUUUUGUCGAUUUGAAUUCAGAGUUACCGUCACGAACGGUUAUAAUAAGGCCGUCUGUUUGCCUCGAGAUUCAUGACGAGCGAUGUUCCCAUUCCAUCAAGCACCUAAAUACCGAAUCGACAUUCUGGAUAUCCGACUACUUCGCUACGGUUCAACGCUACGAAAAAUGUGACAUCUCGACACCAAACAACGUUCGGUCAUCUUUCUGUCGGCGUUUUUUCGAAAAUAAUUUAGCGCUUCAUUUACACGAAGAUGAAAGUUUCGAAAUCGUCGGCGGUACGAAAUUUAUUUCCGCCGUUCGUAAUGUAAAAGUUUCAAACGAAUCAGCCGCUCAUAUUGAUCAGCAUUAG